AUCAGGAAGAAAGAUGAGACCCAUCUUCGAGUUUUGGAUCUUGUUCACCAUACUAUUAUUAAUAUUAUUACCACUAUCUAAAGAGAUAGAAUCACCAUCAAUGGCAAAACCAGGCUGCCUCGAAAAAUGGGGCAAUAUAAGUGUUCCUUACCCUUUCGGCAUAGAAGACCCCGAAUGUUCCAUGAACGAAAGCUUCUUGCUAAAAUACAUCCAUUACGACACUUCUGGUUUGGGUUCUCAUUCCAAACUAAUGCUCGGUGACUUACAGAUACUGAAUAUAUCGGUGGAGGAAGGCACGGUUAUGGUCAACGUAUCGAUGGCGUAUUAUUGCUACAACAAAUCAUCAGAUGGAUUCAACUUUUAUAGUAACCAAAUCGACUUGAAUGGAAGUCCAUUCACAUUCUCAGACACUCAAAACAAGCUCACUGCAGUUGGUUGCGACACUGUGGCAUUCAUGGAGGACUCCACGGGCAUGCACUUUGAGAGUGGGUGCAUCUCCUUGUGUUACCAGCCGGUGAACCUGAUGGGAGAGGAUUCUUGUUCAGGGCUCGGGUGCUGUCAAACCCAAAUCCCGAGCGGUGUCAAGGGCAUGAACAUGAGUAUUCGAUCACUGGAUAACUAUAGCUAUGUGAGGAAUUUUAGUCCAUGUAGCUAUGCUUUCUUGGCGAGUGAAGACUGGUUCGGGUUUUCGAGCAUAGAUCUCAGGGAUAUCAAUAAUGUGAAUAGAGAGUCGCCGGCUGUACUCGACUGGGGUGUAGGAGAGGGGAGAUGUGAAUCAAUUGAUACAUCAUAUGCAUGUGGACUUAACACUAUGUGUAUCAACUCUAACAAUGGCCCUGGAUAUCGUUGUGUCUGCAAGCCUGGAUACCAAGGCAACCCCUACCUUUCCCAACCCCAAGGAUGCCAAGACAUAAAUGAAUGCAUGGAUCUAUCACUAAUGAUGUGA